ACAGAAACGCAUGCUUUGUUGGUGUGACUGUUUGCACUGACUGUUAACAUUCGGUUAUACGGCGGUUAGUAUUGUGAUUGUGACAUCAGCGUCGUGACGCGACCAACGAUCGAUUCUGCGCACUUUUCUGCCAACAGCUGUCACUAUAGGUGGUGGUCAUGGACGCUUGAUGGCGUUUUUUUAGUCGUAAGCUGCAUAGAGCAGCAUUUGCCUACAAUCGUUAAUUAAUUAUUCUCAAACUGACUGUUUCGUUGAUAUGUGCUGCUUCACGUGACAAAUUCAAAGUGAUUUUCUAGUUCGUCGGCUGCUGGGAAAACAAGUUGCGAUUUUGAUUGGCUAAAGUCGAGCUCGCGAAUCAUGUGUUUGUAGGAUUUGUCUUGAAACCAGUGACGUCGUUGACUGGCGCAAAUGAUAGCAGCUGAGACGAGUCGGCUAGCGUGUAUCUAUUCCGUUCAGUUGUAAUGGCACCCACCGAGAAUGGACUACGAUACGGUUCCGGGAAGUUAACAUCGGAGGAGCCGGCGAAGAGAACCGACGUCGAUUUUGAAGCUCAACCGCUGUCUACGGAUGUACCGCAGGAAUCGGUGGCCAUCAACAAAAAGUUAUCCUGGCGAGAUGGCUAUCCACAGAUUUUUGCAGCAGUCCUUGUGAAUCUUUUGGUCGUACAGGCUGGGAUCAAUAUGACCUAUUCAGCUAUUCUGUUGCCGCAGCUAUCCGAACCGGAUAGUCCGAUUCAAAUCGAUAAAGACGAAGCAUCGUGGAUAGCCAGUGUAGUGACGAUAGCGUUACCCUUGGGUUCGCUCGUAGUCGGACAACUGAUGGAUCAGUACGGGCGGAAAAGGGUUUGCCUCGUGACCUGUUUGCCUUUCGCCAUCGGAUGGGCGCUGAUUGCAAUCGCUCAGAAUGUAAACGUGAUCUAUGUCGCUAGGAUUAUUCUGGGUAGUUCUGGUGGGCUGACGACCGUCGCGUUGGUGUACGUAAGCGAGCUGUCGCACGUUUCGAUGCGGGCAAUGUUGCUCUGUUUGAACAGCGUUUUCGUUUCGUUUGGAAUUUUACUCACUUGCAUUUUGGCCUUAUUUUUUGACUGGCGAGUGAUGGCGAUAAUUUACACGGUAUUCUCUAUAGCUACUUUUUUCCUAAUCAUGAACAUACCGGAAUCUCCCUACUGGAUCCUAACUUUUACAAAGAAAGAACCGUCAGAAGUGCGAAAGGUUAUGAACUGGACCUAUAGAAAUAAAGCAUUGGCCGAGCAACAGUAUCGUCAGCUUAUCUCAACUGAACGUAGUUCUCAACGGCUGGCAGUCAAUUCAAGUGCCAUUAAACCAUUCUCGCUCAAAUUGUAUCUUCAUCCACGGGUGUAUCGUCCGCUCUGGACUUUGCUGUUGCUGUUCCUGUUUCAGCAGCUAUCCGGUGCCUAUGUUCUGAUCUUCUACGCGUUGAAUGUGUUCAUGGAGAUUGGUGGUUCCCGGACGGCGGGCUUUAACAAGUACAAUGCUCUGGUAAUUCUAGGCGCGAUUCGCUUUAUCAUGUCGAUCCUCACCUCGGGAUUCUCUCGAAAGUACGGUCGAAGGCCACUGCUCAUCAUCUCCGCUAGUAUAAUGGGAAGUUUCGCCACGCUGGCAGCGCUGUACAUUGACUUCAUUCGUAAACCCGGACGUGAAACCAGUCCCACCUUUGGAAGCUAUCUGUUACUGGUCUGCGUACUCGGAUAUGUUUGUUUCAGUGCCUUAGGCUACCUGGUAAUCCCGUGGACCAUGAUUGGCGAGAUUUUGCCGACCGACGUCAAAGGUAAACUCGGAGGACUGAUUGUGUCGGUGGCCUACGUACUGAUGUUCGCUGUCGUGAAGGCAUUCCCGUACCUGCUGGAGAUGGUGGCGAUGCAGGGAAUAUUCUACCUCUAUGCUAUUUCCUGUUUUGCUGGGGUGAUUUUUGUCUACGGCUGGGUUCCGGAGACGUUCGGGAAAAGUUUCCAGGAAAUUGAGCAAUACUUUGUGAGGAGUAAUAAUUGACAAGCAAAGCGUUGAAAGUAACACGGUAGUACUUAUCGGACGUAUGGAAAGAUGUUCAAAAUAUUGUCUUCCAAAUAUAGAAUAACUAGUUUAUAGAUAGCUCAGCUGGGAUAGAUUGUCUGUCUGUAUUAUCAGAUAUGAGAAUAAAUAAUCACAUGUCAGCCAGUAAUAGAAGGUGCGUAUGUGUUUGAACUUGCAACGAUUUGAACACAUUUGGUAUUAUACUUACCGUUCAGCAGUAACAAAUAAAAUUUUUAUAAAUAUG